AUGACGAUAGCCCCUGUGCUCGUCGCCGCCGAACCUGCGGCACGCCCGGACGACGGCAAGGACCUGCAGAACUGGUCCUCGCUCAUCGGCAUCAUCACCGCCAUCGUCGGCAACGUCCUCAUCGCUUUAGCCCUCAACGUCCAGCGCUACGCACACCUUCGACUUCACCGAGAGCGCAUCCGGGUCCGCCGGCGAGCGAAAGAAGCCCUGAAACAUGCGCCGCGCGGGGGCCAGACGGGACCCUACGGCUCUGUUGGCCGAGGAGGAGCCGGGGACAUGGACGAGAGCCGUGACAACGACAACGGGAACCGUCAUGCAGACCACGAUGCCGGAGAAUCUGAGCCCCUAACGAGAUCCUUCCGCUCCGAAGAUUCCGCCGGUUCUGACUACUCUGGCGAUGAAGACAACGACAAGGGUCCCUCGACGUACCUCCAGUCGCCGUACUGGUGGGCUGGCCAGAUCCUGAUAACUCUCGGCGAGCUGGGCAACUUCCUGGCUUACGGUUUCGCACCCGCGUCCAUCGUAUCGCCCCUGGGAGUUGUCGCCCUGAUAUCCAAUUGCGUCAUUGCGCCGAUAGUGUUCAAGGAGAAGUUCAGGCAGCGCGACUUUUGGGGUGUCAUUAUCGCCGUCGCCGGCGUCGUUGUUGUCGUUCUGAGCGCCAAGCAGGAGGAGACAAAACUCGACCCCGACGAUGUAUGGGACGCAAUCACGACCUUGGCCUUCGAGAUAUACCUGGCUGUGACCAUAUCUUUGAUUAUCAUCCUCAUGUGGGCGAGCCCAAAGUACGGCCAUCGCACCAUCUUGAUCGACUUGGGCCUGGUGGGACUCUUUGGUGGCUUCACCGCUCUGUCUACCAAGGGCGUGUCCUCGAUAUUGUCGACGACCCUCCUGGGCGCAUUCAAGACCCCUGUUGCAUGGGCGUUGCUCUUCGUCCUACUCUUUACCGCGGUCAUGCAGGUGCGCUACGUCAACAAGGCCCUGCAGAGGUUCAGCUCGACGCAGGUCAUUCCUAUCCAGUUUGUUCUGUUCACUCUCUGUGUCAUCAUCGGCAGUGCCAUCUUGUAUCGCGAUUUUGAGAGGACGUCUGCCGAACAGGCUGGCAAGUUUAUCGGAGGUUGUUUGCUCACCUUUUUUGGCGUCUUCCUCAUUACUAGUGGUCGAGUCGAGGAAGACAUCGAGGACGGCAUGUCCGACGUGGACGGCGUGGAGGAGACCAUCGGCCUGGCAGAGCAAGAUGGAUAUAGCCCAACACAGCCGCUGGCGCCUUCAUCCACCUCUAUCCAAUCCUCGACAUCGCGCCGCUCCUCUCGAGCUUCCAACGGAGGGCAUGCAAACAACGGGUCCAAACCAUUCAGUAUGCAGCACGAUUCUGGGAUCCCCACACUCCGCGUCCCCGCGUCCGCGUCAACGGGCAACAUUCCCGGCGCGGACGUGGAGCCACUGUUGGCCAACCCGUGGAGUAACUCCGCAGACGAGGUUCUCCCUCCGCCUGGUACGAGGACGAUAUCCGACGAGUCCAUUCACACCUUCCCCGGGCUCGGCUUCUCGCCAUCAGAACCCACGACCCCUUACUACGACGGCCAGUUACAACCAAAGUACCCUACAGAUAACAGACCAGUCACACCCCGUGCAGCUUUACCGAACCGGCCUCAUAGUCAUCAGUACCCUGGUCCCCUCUUCUCUCCGUCCCCUCUAUCGUCUACGGUCAGCGCCGUGGUCAAGGACACUCUUCUCAGGAACGCGGAAAGUCCGCUACUGCGCCGGCCCUCCGUGCGGAGGUUACGCUCCAGCAUCCGGGCCAGUCUUUUCAUGCCAGAAAACAGCGAGGGCGCGGAUGUCGAUGCCGAGAGACGGGACUUGAUGAGCCGGGGGGAUGAUUACACUGACGGAGGCGUCGCUGAGCGUAGUCGGACCGCGGGCGAGGGAGCGUCCAGAGAACCCCAUACGGGAAGACCGCGGAGUCUAAGUGAUACGCUUAGUGGUUUCUUCAAAUCGAAACGGAACAGGAGGGACGCCAAUACGGACCCUGAAGAAGGCGUAUGA